AUGGGUUUCGCAGAAUGGAGGCUCCGAAAUAAGUACUGGACAAUAUAUAUAGUACCUCUAGUGGUACUACUUUUGAUGAUUUAUGGCACAUGGGCGUAUUGUCAUAAGUUGUGCUACGAGCGUGUGUAUAGGGACUUCGGCCACAAGGCCACCGCUAUAGGAUUGAUCUGCACCUGCUGUGUCCUAGAUGCGCUGAUCAUAGCCAUUUGGGUACUAAUAGUUUCAUGUGGACCAGGUCACCAACCGGGUGUGGCACCCCAUCUCUUGGUAGACUCCGCGGACUUGGAGAACACAACAGUGGCGCCUAACUGCUACCAGAGUGAUCCGCACGGAUACCCUGUGUGGUGCAGCAAUUGCCAGUCCUUGAAGGUUGGGAGGACAAAACACUCUUCACACCAGGGCCAUUGUGUACCAAGAUUUGAUCAUUACUGUGUUUGGUUAGGCGCAGUCAUCGGAUUCAAGAAUUACCGCCUGUUUGUGCAAUUUGUGUUCUACUUUGCUGUAUUGUUAAUGAUAGUCUGGAUAACUAUAAGUGUAUACAUCAGGGAUAUUCGUCAAUACCAUGCAAGGUUGAACGCGAACUUGAUAGUUCUGUUGAUCAUAAGCGGGAUAGGAUGGCUCAUGACGUCAGGUCUAUUUGUGUCGUAUAUAUACUACAUGAGUCAGAAUUUAACAUCCAUCGAGGUCAUUGACUUGAAGAAGCGCAAGCGCACGCCUGAAUUGAGCAUGCAGAGACUCUACUGUUAUUACAACUCUGACGACCACUACCGGUACGUGGUCAAAUUGGAUAACGACUUCAAAGGGUCAGUGUAUAAGAAGCAUUGGUUAAAAAACAUCAAAGAGUUCAUGGGUUCUAACCCAAUGCUGUGGUUUAUUCCAUUGCCCCAGUACUGGCAUGAAAGUCCGCUCGCUAAUGGUGAAAGAGACGUCAACACUAUUGUGUCACCAUACCAGGAAGAAGUGGGUCCUCACACCAUUGACUACAUAAAAAAGAGGAUUGAAUCUGGCGAGUACAUCCACAAAUUCAAAGAGCCAGGCAGAGAGAAAACACAUUUAUAG